AGUUUGUGUGCACACAGAACCCAAACGUCAAAGAAAAUCACUUUGCGCUCAUGCUGAGCAUACUACAAGCUGAAGACAGUAACAAUUUCGACGGGAAGUAUAUCAUUGCACCUGUCUACUCAACAGGAGCGAACUUUUACUAGUCUCGUAAGUUGUUAGUACAGCUAGGAAGCUCCUUUUUCCGCCAAUUCGUGACCAUCCUUUUCGUGAAGGGGCUGUCCCGCUACUCUCGUCUCACAGCUACAAUUCAACUUCGUUGGCGUUCUCCCAUCAAUUUCGUAAAAACAAGAAUAGAAGUGGAAGGCUAUUUCUUAUGCUCGUCCAUACUUACAUCACAGUAGCUGAUGAAUCUUCUUCAUCUUUGGUCUUCUCCAGACAAUCAAUCUGCAGGACACUUUGGUUUUUUUUUUCGAGGUUCGAAAACAAGAGCCAUUAGGACGUCGAAGCUCCUGCUAUCAGCUAACUACUACACGACAAAGCACACUUCUUCGCUCGUAGCUCUGCUUCGUCUGUUUAGAAAACUUUUGAAAAGUAGUCGGCAAAUCAGAAUGAAGACGAUCGCCGCAAUUUCGGUUCUCGCGAUCGCGGGACAAGCGGCCCGCCAGGUGCACCUCCACGAGGACGCGGACGCGGCCAAGUCUUUCUUGCUGGUGGACAAAGCCGCACCACGGGCGACCAGGAUUCCGGCUCCAAGGGUCGUGGGCGGGAAUGCGCGUUGCAAAGGCUACACCCCGGACUGCGAAGAAGCAUUUCCGUUAAACGCGGACUGGAAAGCGAACUGCGACGCGGCGUGCGGCGGUACUACCAGUACAACACCAGCGGCUAGUACCAACAUUGCCGAAGCCGGGCCCCCCGCACAGGCGGCGGCCGAACCGGUGUUCACACCUUGCAAGGGGAGCACCUCCGAAGUGGACGGCAGGAUCUUGUACCCCGAUUGUCCCCACGCUUUUCCCCGGAAUCUUUGGUGGGAGGCUAGCUGCUUUUUCUCCUGCAAAACACCUUGCAGUGUCGAAAUCGAGAAUUGUGAUUCAGAUACAGCUUUUCCUUAUGAUGCCGACUGGAAGCCAAUGUGCGAAGCGGUGUGCGCGGACGAGUCAGGAUGGACAGUUCCGCGUGAACCGUGCUCCGCUGCCUUUCCCGACGUGUUUCCCGGCUGCGACGCAGAGGUUCGCUCCUACCAGAAAAGUUGGUGGAAGAAGAAUCACUGCAGUCGAAAAUGCGACGUGCUUAUGCAUUGCAAAAGUGUCAUCUGGGUCUGGAAGGUUGCAACUUGUCAUGCUACUUCUGGAUCGUGCAAAAAUCUGUGUUGCAUGAAUGCCAAAAGCUCUCCACUUUUGACCCAGUUGAGAGGAAGUUUCUCAUGCAGGAAAGGCAUGAUACGGAAACGGAUCAUACCCACAGAAUCUGUCAUGCUAGGUCCUGCAUUCCAGACGACAUGGAUCAUGGAAAAUCUGCAUGACAAGCAUGGGAAUCCUCCAGACCCAGACAUUUUUGCAUCUGAUAGUGCUGGUGGAAGCAGCCCACGGCGGAAGUGUCCUUUGCUCCAACGUUUCCCGGGUGUUGUUUCCAGGGUGUAACGCCAAAGUUUCUUCGCGGAAGCCGCCGUGGUGGAAAGCGAGGCACUGCGGUGACUAUUGCCGCGUCAUGCACGACGAAUCCGGUGGACAGCUCGAUUCCUGUGCCGCUGUCUUUCCCGACUUGUAUGAGGGAUGCGACGAGAGAGUGUCUCGCGAUAUACCGUUGGAGCGCCAGCAGAAACAGUGCAGUGAAAAUUGCGGAAUCAUGCUGCAUGCUGCAGAUCAUGCGACCACCCAUCACGACUUUAGAGUGCAACAUCGCCGGGACGAGGCCGACAUACGGGAUUAUUGGUGCUCCUGGUAUCCUGGCGCCAUGUUUGCUGGAUGUAAGGACGAGAAAGUUCCGGCUGGAAUGUCGCUCGGUGCGACGAGGGAAGCGUGCCUGGACCUCUGUCCGUAUUGCAACCACGUCAUACCCUGGUCAGAGGACUCGUUCCUUGUUCAUCGCAAUUGGGGGUGUCAGGCCACAGUCCCUGCCGACUCGAAAAACCAACUCGAGGUCUGCAAGGCAGCAUGCGAGGAGCAGCAGGUAGAAUCGAAUUCUUUGCUCCUCAGGGAGGGCGAGGGGCAACGUGAAUAUCACCCCGACCCCGAGCGGGAGCUGGCGAAUGUGGGCGGACGCGUGGGGUGCAACGCAUUGGAGGUGGAUUGGACGUGUGACGAAACAGUUUCUGCAGGAAUGUCGUUUGAGGAAACGAAGUCACAGUGCAGGGCACUGUGUGCCGGAAACCACGCGGAAUCUUUCUUGCUGGUGGACAAAGCCGCACGGGCGACCAGGAUUCCGGCGCCACGGGUCGUGGGCGGGAAUGCCGGCGACGUUGGUACGACAUCUAGUACCAUAUGUAUCGCAAUUAUGUCUGUGUCUGGAGGAGUGCGAAUGCCGAUGUUAAUGUUUAGUCUAUUGUUUGUGCACGAUACAGAAACAGAAGGUCUAGCAAGCAGGCCAUCACAAGUUUUGAAACCUUUUGUUCGGUAACAAGAACGUAUUGUCCAUGAAAUGCGCAGCACGAGUUUGCAUCUCUCUCUAGAUCCACCUGAAAAAUUUGCAAUGCAUACAAUGCCAUUGCCAAAGCCUUAUCAAAACUUGUGAUGCUUCUACAGCUCGUGUUCGCAUAUUUAUUCCCAGGUAGCGUUCUGGGUCAUGCUAGACCUCCUGCAUGACAAGCCUUGGAAUGUUCCACAGAACCCAGACACCUUUGCACUUGAUAGGCUGCCGCCGAGCCGCCGAUUAUGGGUGGACGGGAUGCGCAGUGCUCGGCUGUGGAUUCGUUCAUGUUUCCAGGAUGUGACGCGCAAGUUUCCGCGGGAAUGUCGCCCAGUGCAACGAAGAACGCGUGCGUUGCGCGCUGCCCGAAGUGCGUCGACGUUGUCACGGAUGAAGAAUUCCAGGGCUAUCGUGAAUUCGGUUGCUGGGUCACUGUCUCUGCCGACGUACAAAAUCCGCUAGAGCAUUGCAUGGCUGAAUGCGCAGAACAGCAGAAAUUCGCAGGUGCUUUACUGGGUCCAGAUGAAUCCAGCCAACAAGGUGUCCACCACACUUUAUGCAUUGCAAAUAAGUACUAUGUCUGGGUCUGUAGGACGGGACUGAGUUUGUGAUGCCAAGUUUUCGAGGCACGGAGUUCUGUAUUGCAUGAGAAGCAAAAGGACCCACAUUUGGCAACGCAAAGACGAUAUAUCUCAUCCAGGAUAGGCAUUUUUACGGAGCCUUAUCAAAACUUGUGAUGCUUCUACAGCUUGCAUACCGAUACUAGGGGGCGUCCUGGGUCAUGCUAGACCUCCUGCAUGACAAGCCUUGGAAUGUUCCACAGAACCCAGACACCUUUGCACUUGAUAGGCUGCCGCCGAGCCGCCGAUUAUGGGUGGACGGGAUGCGCAGUGCUCGGCUCUGGAUUCGUUCAUGUUUCCAGGAUGUGACGCGCAAGUUUCCGCGGGAAUGUCGCCCAGUGCAACGAAGAACGCGUGCGUUGCGCGCUGCCCGAAGUGCGUCGACGUUGUCACGGAUGAAGAAUUCCAGGGCUAUCGUGAAUUCGGUUGCUGGGUCACUGUCUCUGCCGACGUACAAAAUCCGCUAGAGCAUUGCAUGGCUGAAUGCGCAGAACAGCAGAAAUUCGCAGGUGCUUUACUGGGUCCAGAUGAAUCCAGCCAACAAGGUGUCCACCACACUUUAUGCAUUGCAAAUAAGUACUAUGUCUGGGUCUGUAGGACGGGACUGAGUUUGUGAUGCCAAGUUUUCGAGGCACGGAGUUCUGUAUUGCAUGAGAAGCAAAAGGACCCACAUUUGGCAACGCAAAGACGAUAUAUCUCAUCCAGGAUAGGCAUUUUUACGGAGCCUUAUCAAAACUUGUGAUGCUUCUACAGCUUGCAUACCGAUACUAGGGGGCGUCCUGGGUCAUGCUAGACCUCCUGCAUGACAAGCCUUGGAAUGUUCCACAGAACCCAGACACCUUUGCACUUGAUAGGCUGCCGCCGAGCCGCCGAUUAUGGGUGGACGGGAUGCGCAGUGCUCGGCUGUGGAUUCGUUCAUGUUUCCAGGAUGUGACGCGCAAGUUUCCGCGGGAAUGUCGCCCAGUGAAACGAAGAACGCGUGCGCUGCGCGCUGCCUGAAGUGCGUCGACGUUGUCACGGAUGAAGAAUUCCAGGUCUAUCGUGCAUUGCAUUGCCGGGCCACUUAUGCCAAGAAAAAUGCAUUUACACUUAAUACACAAGCAAGACAGCGGCCAAUAUGAUCUGUGGUCAGAUGCCGGAAGAGGAAGAUGUACACCAGAUGCUUGCGAGCGCCGUUUCAUGCGUGCUUUCCCAUGCGGUCUACUCCCUCUCCGUUGUAUUGCAAGUUUUCUUUGUCAUGGGGGGCAAGUUUGUGUUGGUGAAGGUGAAGUGACAGGUGACGCGUGUUUUUAAGUGUAAACAGUUUUUUUAUCCUUGGGAUAUCACUGUCUCUACCGACGCGUCAAACCCGCUGGCCCACUGCCUGGACGAAUGCGCAUUGACGAAAACGGCGGGUGCAACGGUGAGUGCUUUGCUGCGGUGAAAAAAUCGGCAGUGCCGGCGGGCUUACCGCCACAGUGUGUGUUGCUGUUUCCAGCGACAACUUUUUUUCGUUAAGUGCGCCCGUUUCAUCUUCUACUGCAAGACGAUAGAAUGAAGAGAUUUCCACCAAACACACAUCAUGGUUUGAAUAUUUGAAGUCCAUCUUCUCAACGCCGUAUUCAAGAGUUUCGUUUCACACAUUUGAUUUUGUUUUCUUUUACACAUUUGGCUUUUUCUGACUGAACGCUUUUCCAUUUUUUCUGAGCAUAAUUUUACAACGCAUAAAGUUUUCCUUUCUGAGCAAUAAAUAUCGCAUUCGUUAUCGGAGAAAAAAUAUCAAACAUUUUUUACACUGCAUGUUUGGUUGAAGUUCGAGAUUUUCACAACACCGCCUACCCUCCUGCAAGACGUCGAAGCGUCCUCGCUAUCCUAUCUCUCACUCUGUUCUACAACUCAUCCGAUUUUAGGCUUAUCCAUGGGGAUCACGAUCCAGUUCUACGACGUCUCAACACCGUGCGCAUUAAAAAGGACUCCUGACGUGUCCUUUAGUUGUAUCCUUGAGAAAUAAAUUCUGUUUCUCUUCUGAUUAACAGAUUUGCAUACAUGUUUUGUUGGUGUUUCAUUUUGUGAAGGGGAAGAAAAUAAACUGUAU